CCUUUAUUCGAACCAUGUCGGAAAAGCAAAAACCCUCCUCCACCAACACCGAAACAUCGCCGUCGGUAACAGUCGAAGAAAUCCAAAGACACAACACCGAAAACGACUGCUGGAUCGUCGUUGAUGAUGUCGUCUGGGAUAUCACUGAGUUUGCGAGCGAGCAUCCUGGAGGCUCCGAGGUAAUAUACUCUCACGCAGGCCUCGAUGCCUCAGAAACAUACAACGCAGCUCACGCACCCUCCCUCCUCCCCCGUACACUCCACCACUCAAAACGCAUAGGCACCCUCUCAACACCCCCAACAUCACGAAACCUCCUCAAACCCCCACCCAAACCCUCAACCCAACCCACCCUCGCCCUAGCCACAAAGCCUCCCUUACACACACUGAUCAACACGUACGACUUCGAAUCCGUCGCUGCGCAAACCCUGUCCCAGAAAACCUACGCCUUCUACUCGUCAGCCGCCACGAAUCUGGUCACACGCGACGCGAACAGGAGCAUCUAUGACCGGAUUUGGUUUCGGCCGAGGAUGCUGAGGAACGUAAGGCAUGUGGAUACGAGGACGAGCAUGUUGGGGGAGAAGGUGGAGGUGCCGUUUUUUGUCAGUCCCGCUGCUAUGGCGAGGUUGAGUCAUCCCGAUGGGGAAAAGGGGAUUGCGAGGGCGUGUAAGGAGUGGGGGGUUGCGCAGUGUAUCUCCACAAACGCGGCAUUCCCUAUGCAAGAAAUAACCUCCAGCGUGCCCUCAAACACAAUUCCCUUCUUCUUUCAACUCUACAUCAACAAAGAUCGUUCGGCCUCUGAAGCCCUCCUCCGCGACGCCGAGAAAAAUAACAUCAAAGGCAUCUGGUUCACCAUCGACGGCCCCGUCCAAGGAAAACGCGAGGGCGACGAGCGCGUGAAAGUGGAAGCCACGACUAACGCGAAAGCAGCCAUCAGUGGCGCCGCGGCGCAGAAUGAUAAGAGGGGUGGCGGAAUGGGUAGGACGAUGGGUGGAUAUAUCGAUCCGACAUUUAAUUGGGAAGAUGUGGCGUGGUUGAGGCGGUCGACCAAGUUGCCGCUCGUGGCGAAGGGCGUGAUGACAGCCGAGGAUGCGGUACUGGCAGUCAAAUAUGGAUUGGAUGGGAUUGUGAUAAGUAACCAUGGCGGGAGGAAUCUUGAUACGUCGCCUCCGUCGCUUUUGACGUUGAUGGAGAUUCGGAAACAUCACCCGGAAGUGUUUCAACAUCUUGAGGUGUUUGUAGAUGGCGGAGUUCGUCGGGGUACAGAUAUCAUAAAAGCGUUGUGUCUGGGUGCGAAGGCGGUUGGUAUGGGUCGCCCGUUUCUAUAUUCUUUGGCAUACGGCCAAGAAGGCGUCGAACAUUUCAUCGACAUCAUGAAAGACGAAAUGGAAACGACCAUGCGCUUGCUGGGUAUCACAGAUUUAUCACAGUGUCAUCCACGCUAUCUCAACGUAUGCGAUGUGGAGCACUUAAUUCCCAAAUCGCUGGAAUCGCCGUUCCCAGAGAUCCCACAAUCGUCCGUCAAAGCUAAACUCUAG